AUGGCAUCUACACCCUUCAAAGUCAUCAUCAUCGGCGGCGGGCCGAGCGCCCAUCUGAUAAAGGCUCUCUACGACAGCCUCUCCGAAUCAGCGAAGGCGCGUUACCACACCGGGAAAAAGCUCAAAGAUAUCGAGACAACUGAUGCAGGAAUCACCGUGACCUGCGAAGACGGCUCGAAGUUUUCCGGAAACAUGGUCAUCGGUGCUGACGGCGUUCACUCUGCAACCCGACGGCAGAUGCGAAAGCUCGCUCUCGCCGAAGACCCUGAUCGCGAGUGGGACCCCAUCAACCCUUACCAGACAGAGUACCAAUGUUUGUGGGCGUCUUUCCCACGACCUAGUGCAGCUGGUGAAGCUUUCGAGACGCAAGGCACAGAUCGUUCCAUCAUGUACCUCACCGGCAAAGAAAGGGGGUGGAUCUUCCUCUACGAAAAAUUGACUGAGCCGCAAACUGAGAGGAUCUCGUUCACUCCCAAACAGCUGGAGGAGUUCGCUGAGCGUUUUGCAGACUGGCCAGUUAGAGAGGGGCUCACGGUUAAGGACGUCUUCCGAGAGCGAUACAGUGCAGGUGGGGCUGGCCUUGAGGAGGGCAUAUGUUCCAACUGGAGCUGGGGCGGAAGAAUCGUGCUCGUGGGCGAUGCCGUGCACAAGUUCACACCUAAUGCCGGCCUAGGUUUUAACAACGGUGUGCAGGAUAUUGUUGCGGUCUGCAACAAGCUGCGGAAGCUGGUUGCGAACGACAGCAGGCCCUCAUCUGACAAUCUGCAGAAGCUAUUCGAUGAUUAUCGAGAGGAGAGACAUGAGCCCCUGGAGAAGGACUUGAAGGCCUCUGCUCAGUUGACGAGGAUGCAAGCCUGGGCGUCGGUUUCGCACUGGUUGCUGGCGAGAUAUGCAAUGGCGUUCUCGUUCGUGCAGAGGAUCUUCUUCUCGUUCACUAUGUCGCCGUCCAUCCAGAUAGCCAAGGUGCUGGACUUUGUACCGGCGAAGGAGGCUUUCGAGGGCGAAUGCAGGUGGCUGUACCCCAUGCCGAGCGAGGAGUAG